AUGGAAGCAGUCUUAAAAAACGCCGAUCAGCAACAUGAAUAUGCAUCUCUUGAAGAAAUAGGCAAAACAGCGGAAAAUCGGUCGUUAUGGCUUCUCAAGGUAAUAUCACAAGAUCCAACUCUACCGAUCAUUUGGAUAGAUGCUGGAAUACAUGCUAGGGAGUGGAUUUCUUCGGCCACUGCUUUCUAUACAAUUGAUAAGCUCCUUUCCAAAGAUGGCAAGCAUUUACUAGGAAUGUAUCAAUUCUAUAUUGCGCCUAAUGUCAACCCUGAUGGCUAUGUAUACAGUUAUACUAGGGAUCGAUUAUGGAGGAAGAAUCGCAGCAAGAAUGACCGGGACAACUGUCCAGGUACUGACAUCAACCGAAACUUUCCGUAUAAAUGGGGUCUAAAAGGAGCAGCAGACGAUGAGUGCACUGGAAGCUACCGAGGCAAAAGUGCCGCCGAUCAACUCGAGACUCAACAUUUAAUUAAGAAGCUCACAUCGGUCGCAAAUCACACUAAGCUCUUCUUAACACUCCACGCUUAUGGUCAGAUGAUUUUAAUGCCCUAUGGCUACGAGAGUGGUGCUAGACCAACUAACUUUGAAGAACUGAAACGAAUUGCACUCAAGCUUGUAUUCAAACUCUGGGGGAAGCAUAACACUAUUUAUUCAACAGGAGCGCCAACUGAUCUCCUUUAUCCUGCGUCUGGAGGCUCAUUUGAUUUCACUUGUGGAACACUGAAAAUUCCCUACUCCUUCGCAAUUGAGCUUCCAGACACAGGAACCUAUGGAUUCCUACUUCCGCCUUCCUUCAUCGGUCAAAUUGGCGAACAAAUGUGGGAUGCUCUUCAAGUCUUCGUUGAAGAAAUGAAGUAG